AUGAGUGCAGAGGCUUCUCGACCGAGACAGAGUGAACCAGUUACUGAUAAAUAUGGUCUAAAGUCAAGCAUUGCAGCCGUACGGGAGAUUCUCCAGAAGAAUGCUGCUGCCAUCGCUGAAAGUGACGUCGUAGACGAGUUGAGCAAACAAAAACAGGCGAGCUAUCAAGAGAAACUGCACUUACAAGAAGAACUUCAAAAUCAACGAGCUCUUUUGAAAGAUCUAAGUUCCAAGACAGAACAUGCCAAAGCAGAAGCCCUGAGAGAAAAGAGCAUGCGGCUGAUUCUGGAAGAGGCAUACAGCAAGCUCGAGGAUCAUAGAAAGGAGAUCUUGAGUCAGCUGGACACUACCAAAUCAUCACAAGCCGGAAUGGAAGAAAAGAUCGUUCGGCUACAUGAAGACUUGGACAAACAGAAUACAGAGUUUGAAAAAGAGCGGGCAAAGUGGGAGGAACUGAUGAAAGCAAUGCGAGAACAAGACGAAGCGUCCAAACGGGAGAUUGGCCGACUUGAUGCUCGUCUUGCGGCUUCACAGCAAGAGGUAAAGGAUACAGCAUCGACAAUUGAAGAUUUGCAGAAACAAGUGGAAUUUGCGGAGUCUCGUCACACAGAAACAGUUCAUGGGUAUAAGGACAUUAUCGACAAGCUCAACAGUCGGAUCGAAAAGGGACGAUUCGAAACUAUUGAGGACUUGCAGAAACGACUCGAGGAAGCAGAAUCCAAUUACGAGACUACAGCAAAAGAGUUGCAAAGUACGAGAGAAGACUUGCUCUCCUUUCGUCAAUUUUCUGACAAACGGCAAGAGACGGUGCUCUCUCAGAAAGCUGGCGAAAAAGUGUAUGAAGAGCUGGAAUCAGCAGAGGCUUCCCUGAAAGAGGCUGAAAGGGAACUCGAGUCAAACAAGGAGACUGUGGCAACGUUGGAAAAGGAGGACAAUGAUGAUUACAAGAAAAAGGACAAGGAUGAUUCCGACAAGACUGGAGAAGAAAAGGACAAUGAUGUUUCGAAGAAAAAGGACAAGGAUGAUAAUUCUGACAAAAAGGACAAUGAUGAUUCUGACAAAAAGGACAAGGAUGAUAAUUCGGACAAAAAGGACAAUGAUGAUUCUGACCAGACUCCUGAAGAACGAGCAGCAGCAGCAAAGUCUCAACGCACAGUGGAACUUGCAAAGGCCAAAUUGAAUGUCAAAAAGUGCACUUUGAAACUCCGACAAACAUUGAAAAAACUGGAUGGUCUUUACAAGCGUCGAUUGGAGCUUGUCAAAUCCGAAGUGAGUGGAACCAAGGAAGACUUGAACACUGUCAUGGCCCGAUUGCGUUCGGUCGGCGCCGAUGCCACCAAGGCGCAAUCCGAUUAUGCAAAUUUCCAAUCUAGAAAAGCGCAAAUGUUGCAAGACAAGGAUGCUUCCAACAAGAAGCGAGCUGCAGCCGAUGACAAAGGCGAGGAAAGUACAACCGCGGACAAGAGACAAAAACAGUCUUAG